UGUGAAGGGGUCUCCAUGAGGCCCAGGCAGGGGCAGGGUGAGAGUCCCAGAUGCCAUCUGCAGGUCCCAACACACCUGGCCCGGCCCUCACCUGCAGCCUCCUGCUUCUCUCCCCUGCACCCUCAGAAGCUGCAAGAGCUGGAGAAGAAGCUGGAGGAGAAGUUGCUGCAGGAGGAGGCGGCCGGGCUACGGCGGCUGCUGGACCCCGGGCUCCCCGAGGGCCCUGAGGAGGUGAAGCCCGAUAGGCAGCUGUCGGCUGUCCUGCUGGGGGCGCUGAGCCAGGGACGCAGACUCCUGGAGCGGCAGAAGCAGAGCCUCCGGGAGGAGAGACGCAGAGCCGUGGUGCUGGAGGGCCAGCUGGAGAGCAUGGAGGCCGACGCCUACGCGACCCUCCACAGCCAGGAGCUGAAGCUGGCCACCUCCCUGUCGCGGCUGGCGGCCCUGCCCGGGAGCACCCUGCGUCUCCUCCUGAGCGUCACCCUGCCCGCCGUCACCCAGCCCGAGCUGCUGACCGCGCUGGACUCCAGCGGCCAGAAGCAGCCGGAGCCUGGGGCCGAGGGCGAGGCCGGGGAGCCGACGGAGCAGGGCAGGAAGGGGAAGCACCAGGGCUGGUGGCAAGAUCUAGAGAGCCGACUGCGAGGAGAAAUGGUCGCCCGGGGCCUGGAGACGCUGCAGUGGGCUCGGCGGAGGAAGGAGAGCAUCCUGAAGAAGCCGUGCCCGCCGCUCAGGGAGAGGGCUCAGCUCUCUGGCCGCACAAGCUGGCCGCAGCCGUCCCCCAGCCCCGCUGGUCUGCCCGUUGCCGUGUCCAUCGUGGGCGCAGAGGCCCUGGACCUGCUGGACACGGGCGAGAAGAUCUUUGUAUUCCGAAACCCGGCCGAGCCGGAGAUCAGACUCCACCUCCCUCCCAGGAGGAAGAAGAAGAAGAACUUCCUGAAUGCCAAGAAGGCCGCGUGGGUCCAGGCCAUGGAGUAGCCAGGGCAGAAGACGGGACUUGGCAGUUCUCGCCCCAGCUGUGCUGCGGGCAGGGUGGCUGGGCUCUCACACUUGCCUUCUGUGUCUGCUACAGCUCUCCUUCCUUCCUUCCCUCCCUCCCUCCCUCCCUCCUUCCUUCCUUCCAUCCUCCCUUCCUCCCUCCCUCCCUCCCUGGAAACGCCAAAGUAAAUGCAUUUCUCCCAAAGCACUUCAAGAGGAAGGUGGUCUUUCUCCCCUGGGUCUUGGCGCAUCUGAGAUCCACUCU